AAAUUUAGAGAAAUACAAUUUCUUCAAUUAAAAAAAAUCUUCAUCUUCACCAAUAUAUAUUCUUUCACUGGAGAGAAAGGAGUAUCUCUCAUAUUCUCACCGUUUAGCAAACAAAUGGGUCGGAGAAAGAUCAAGAUGGAGAUGGUUCAGGACAUGAACACAAGACAGGUCACCUUUUCAAAACGGAGGACUGGUUUGUUCAAGAAGGCGAGCGAGUUAGCCACACUCUGCAAUGCCGAGUUGGGUAUUGUUGUCUUUUCACCAGGAGGUAAGCCUUACUCCUACGGGAAACCGAAUCUUGAUGCUGUUACAGAGCGAUUCAUGAGGGAGGAAUGUGAGGAUUCAGAUGAUGGUGAUGAAGAAGGAAGAUGCGGUAACAAUCGACCUAAACUGAAGAAGAUGAACGAACGUCUAGAUUUUCUCAAACAAGAGAUUGAAGCUGAGAAGAAACGAGGAGAGAAGGCUCAGGAGAAGCUUGAAUCUGCUGGUGAAGCGAGAUUUAAGAAGCCCAUUGAGAAGCUUACCAUCGGUGAACUCAACGAAUACAGAGAUAAGUUGCAAAGAGUCCAUGGUAGGAUCCAAGGUCAAGCCAAAAAUUUGCACGCUUCGUCUUGUCUCUUGCUUCUCUCCAAGGACAAGACUCCUGCGAAUGAAGAUUUAGAUAACUAGAUCGACUUAUUUGUAUCACCUUAGAGAAGUUACUAAAUACAUUAAAGAUAUUGUUGGUGAAGAACUGUCUUCAUCUAUGGGGUGUGACUUUCAAUUUGAUAUCAAAAGAAUGUAACUUAGAAACC